GAUUGUAACGGGCACUGGGGAUCCAGGGUUAUUACAUGGUCAAGGCAAUUCAUCUCUUACACACUCACAAUCAACCUGAUUGCAGCCCCCAUUGAAAAUCGGUGUUUUUUUUUCCUUUUGUUUUUUUUCCUUUUUUUUCCUUUUUAAAGUUGUAUGAGCGGCGCCUCCUCCAGCAGGUGGCGCUACAGCAAUGUCGACUCCUUAAAACCGGAAGACAGCGCUAAACCAGAGGAUGAAGAAGAGGCAGUGCCGCUUCCAGUUUUGUUAGCGUGCGUUGAGCGUUUGAGACGUUGCUUCUAUCCAGCCUCUAGAUCCAAAAACUAAAACCGGCAGCAGAGAUGGCAAGGAACGCUGAGAAGGCCAUGACAGCGUUGGCUCGGUUCAGACAGGCUCAGCUGGAGGAGGGAAAAGUCAAGGAGCGGAGACCUUUCCUGGCGUCAGAAUGCAGUGAGCUUCCUAAAGCUGAGAAAUGGAGAAGACAGAUCAUCAGUGAAAUAUCAAAGAAAGUGGCCCAGAUCCAGAAUGCUGGUCUUGGCGAGUUCAGGAUCCGGGACCUGAAUGAUGAGAUUAACAAGCUGCUUAGGGAGAAGCGUCACUGGGAAGUUCGUAUCAGGGAGCUUGGAGGGCCCGAUUAUGCACGUUUCGGUCCAAAGAUGUUGGAUCAUGAAGGGAAAGAAGUUCCGGGUAACAGAGGGUACAAAUACUUCGGAGCAGCCAGAGACCUACCGGGAGUCAGGGAACUGUUUGAGACGGAGCCUGCCCCUGCACCGAGGAAGACAAGAGGGGAGCUGAUGAAGGAUGUUGAUGCAGAGUACUAUGGCUACAGAGACGAAGAUGAUGGAGUCUUGGUUCCUCUAGAGACACAGUAUGAGAAACAAGCUGUAAUUGAGGCAAUGCAGAAGUGGAGAAAACAGAAGGAGUCUCAACUGUCUGGAGAGAAACAAGAGGAGGAGGAGGAGGAGAGCAUCUACAGCGUCCGCAACGAUGAGCCUGAGGAUGAUGAUGGCCAGGAGGAGCAGGAGGAAGAUGAGGGAGGAGUUGCCUUCAUCGCCCAUGUCCCUGUUCCUUCACAGAAAGAGGUGGAGGAAGCCCUGGUGCGGAGGAAGAAGAUGGAGUUGCUGCAGCGUUAUGCCAGCGAAACACUUCAGGCUCAGAGUCAAGAAGCCAGAACUCUGCUGGGACUCUGAGCCUUCUGUCUGUGACCCUGUUCGUGUAAAUAAGGACUUUUUGUACUUUGCCUGUUUCUAAUUAAAUGUUGCUUUGGUUCAUUCUGUU